AUGACAACAAAUCAUAGGCCAUUAUCAAUCAUUGCUAAAUGUGCAUUAUGCUCAAUAAAAGCUGAACUAUUUGUUUGUUCACAUUGUGAUAAAGUUAUUUGUCAAAUAUGUCUUGAUAAACAUCAAUUAAAACUUAAUGAAAUACUAAAAGAACAAUGGAGCUUAUGUAAAACAAAAUAUUUGAAUUUAUAUCAUUUAUCAGACAAUCAUGCUAAAGAAAUGGUGAACGUUGAGAAUGAAAUGGAUCGAAUACGUUUACUGGUUAAUCAACGAUAUACGGAUCUCGUAAAUUUAAUAGAGAAUGAGAAACAUAAUAUAUUAAAUAAAAUAGAAGAGAAUAUUCAAUUGAAUUCAUCAAACGUGAAGCAUACAGAUCUUCAACAUUUGCUUGAUUCGAUUGGUCAACGGCUUGAUAAUAUUUUUGAAGACCCUAAUGCUUCAUAUGAUACAGAAGACUUUCUUUUGGAAAUCGAACACUUCAAUACACUAAUGAAUACUCGAGAAAAACAGAUGCAGACUAGUUCGUUUAAAUACCCUAGUUUAUCCCCUAUGAAACCAACGAGUAUAUCUGAUAUAUUUGGUGAAUUACAAUGGAAUUUUUCACCGAUGUCAAAUCCCACAUUGACUAGAUCAUCGAUUAUUGAUAGCCGAUCUUUAAAUUCAAAAUUGAAUGGAUCUAUUUCUUCCGAGACUAAUGAUGAAUUUCACGAGGGCUCGACGAUAACACCCAAGAAACCAACAUCAAUGCCUGUAAUGCAAAGACAAAAACAAUGGACACUAGAUGCAGCAGGUGUACCUCAUUUUUUAUGUAUACUUUCAAAGAAAAAUCACCUUCUAUUUGCAUGUGAUAAAUAUGGCUCUAUUGAUUUAUAUCAACUUGAUAGUAAUGAACCAAGAAUUGCUCCUCGUCAUCUACGACAAUUUGAACUUUUCCCUGGAAAUACGGCUAGUCCACAACCACAAAUCAUUGAAACGUUUACUGUCUAUACACCAUUUAUAGUAGUCUCCGCUCACUUAAAUGAUCAAGCCGAUACAAGUUCAAUCUAUUUUUUUGAUCAUCGUGGGGUAAAACAAGCUGAUACAUGUCUACAAAAUUUUCCUGUUCGACAAUUAUCAGCCGAUGUAAGUUUUAAAUGUUUAUGGGGUAUUGAUCGUCAUCAGCAUUUAGUUUAUUAUAAUCAAUUACCGAUGAAUGUUCAACAGAUUGCGAAUUGUAUUCAGCAUCGCGAAGAUUUUAUUAAAUUUUCUCGAAAUUUUGAACCGAUCAGAAUAGCUCAAAAUCAAACGUCCAUUGCUAUUAUUGAACGUAAUUCUCAAUGUGCACAAAUAUUUGAUAAAAAAACAAAGAAGAAAAUAGAUGAAGUUGAAAAUUUACUACGUACAAAAGGAAUAUUUCGUUUAUGGAAUGUCCUACUUCGUGAUAAUAAUUCGAUGGUACUUAAAUUAGAUGAAGAUUUACCUCCCAAUAGUCGGCCACCUUCAAUAAAUCAUCUUAUUCUAGAGCUUGAUUCUCAAGGUCUACCAGUAUCACAGAUCGAACGAACAUCCGUCUAUGGUCUUGCUCUUGGACCUAAUCAAGAAAUUCUACUCGGUUGUAAAAAGCAUCAACAAAAUGGAUUAAUUGAAUGUUAUAUUUAA